AUGGGGGGCUUGGAUGGUGAGCAAAAACAAUUGAUCAAGAAGUUGGUCAACUUUCGCAUGAAAGAAGGUAAAAGAACGAGAGUUCGUGCUAUUUUUUAUCAAACUUUUCAUCGCCCGGCUCGAACUGAACGCGAUGUAAUCAAACUUAUGGUUGACGCCGUAGAGAAUAUAAAGCCCAUAUGCGAAGUGGAAAAAGUAAGAAUAGCGGGUACUAUUUAUGAUGUCCCUGGGAUUGUAGCCAAGGAUCGUCAACAAACCUUAGCUAUUCGUUGGAUCCUUGAAGCAGCUUUCAAACGACGUAUAAGCUACAGGAUAAGCUUAGAGAAAUGUUCAUUUGCUGAGAUACUGGAUGCUUACCGAAAGAGGGGAAUUGCACGUAAGAAAAGGGAGAAUCUUCAUGGACUGUCUUCCACCAAUCGAAGUUUCGCGCAUUUCAGAUGGUGGUAA